AUGAAUUCAGCACCAAUAUGUUCCGACAUCCACAGUGCUUCUUUUGACCUUUUGAGGGUGUCUGAGGUUAAGAAGCUUUCUGUUUGCCAUGUAACCUCGACAACAACUUUCGAGUCUACUGGUGAGAGUAAGAUCGGUGGUUUGCACGAUUUAAGAAUGGGCCCGUUAAGUAAUAGAGAUUUCUGUGGAACAUGUGGAAGUAGAAAUGAAUGUCCAGGUCAUAUAGGUCAUAUUGAGCUGGAACUUCCUGUUUUUCAUCCACUUUUCUUGGGAAGCUUGGUUAAAAUUUUAAAAUGUUGCUGUUGGCACUGUUGUUGUAUAAGACUUUCGAAGAAGGUAUGUAAUGGUUAUAUAAAAAAGUUUGAGUCAAUUGGAAAGGAUCCGAAUAAUUGUUCCAAAGAUUUGGGAAUUUAUAACACCAAUAAUGCACAAUCAUCUAGUAAGAUCGCAUCCAAUAGUUAUUCACUAGAAAUUUGGGAGGCAAUAAAAAAAGAAUUUUUAGACAAAGCAUCUAAGCACUCUUCCUGCAGCUCUUGUGGAAAUUCAUUUAAAGGCAAGGUCAGAGAAUCACAACUUGGAGUUGGUAUUACUCUUUCCUGGCCAGAAGGCUCCAAACCCCCGGUAAGCUUGGGUAGCACUUGGAGCUCUAGUGCAAAUCAAGAGGAUACUAGAAGCGAACAUAGUGAUUCAGGAUCUGAAAAUGACAAAGAACCUGAUUCAGAAGAUGAGGUUGAUUCAGAUAAUCAAGAAGAAGAUUUUGUUAUUAAUAGCCAACAGAGUAAUGAAUCUAAGAAAAGGAAAAAGAACAAAGAAACCGGAAAUAAUAGUUCUACUAAGCUUUUUAAGCGUUCUUACAAUGAUGACUUUUCAAUUAACAUCCCACAAGAGGCGAAAUCUCAUACUAAACAAGGAAGAGGAAUGAUUACUCAACAUUUUCAAGCCUUCCAAAUCGUACCAAUUAUUAAAAGUAUUUGGGAAAAUAACAAAAAAAUCCUUGAAUACCUAUUUCCCAUUUGUAAAUCCUUAGCUUGGGAGGCAUUCUUUAUGUUUACAGUACCAGUAUCUGCAAAUAAGUUUAGACCACUUGGGAUGGCUCUAGGAAGAAAUAUACCAUUAUUACAUCCAAGAACUUCAGGUCUGCUCGAAAUCCUAACGGCAAAUGAUAGGUUAAAAUUCUAUGUUGACUUACAAAGGAAGGAAAAUGAUGAGUCUAUAAUUGAGGGAGAGGAAGGCCCUAAAGUUGGAAAAGGGUCAAAAGCCGUUAAAGAAGAAAUUGAAGCAAAUUCAAAUAAUUUGAUUUCAUAUGUCUCUUCAUUACAAGAAAAAGUUAACAUGUAUUUGGAUCAAAAUAAAAGCUUUAAACCAUCCUCUGCUCCGCCUGGUAUUAGACAAUGGCUUGAGAAAAAAGCAGGUGUUAUCCGUCAGAAAAUGAUGGGAAAAAGAGUCAACUAUUCUGCAAGGACUGUAAUUGGGCCUGAUCCAUACUUAGAUACAAAUGAAAUAGGAGUUCCACUUAUGUUUGCUUUGAAUUUAACUAUCCCAGAACGUGUUGGUACUCAUAAUGUCUCAUUAAUGGCCAAUUUGGUUGAAAAUGGCCCAAAUUUAUAUCCUGGUGCAAAUAAGCUUUUGCUUGGAGGAAUCCUUUAUGAUUUAUCAAGAUUAGAUCAAAACCAAAGAAAAGCAAAAGCUAGAUUACUCUUAUCGUCAGUUUUAUCAGCUUCAAACCCAUUUUUAAGCAACCACCAUCCAAUUGUUUAUAGGCAUUUGAUCGACGGAGACAUUGUAUUGAUGAAUAGACAGCCUACUUUGCACAGACCCAGUAUUAUGGCUCACUAUAUAAGAAUACAACCAAACGACAACAUUAUGAGGUUAAAUUAUGUCAAUUGUGGUACUUACAACGCGGAUUUUGACGGUGAUGAAAUGAAUCUUCAUCUCCCUCAAUCUCUCUUUUCUAGAUCUGAGGCAAAGUACAUUAUGGAUGCUUCCAGACAAUACUCUGUUCCAAAAAGUGGUGAACCAUUAAGAGGAUUAAUUCAAGAUUCUUGUAUUGGAGGUGCAUUUUUAACUUCUAAAUCAACUUUCUUAAAUAGAGAAGAAUACUUUCAUCUACUAUAUACUUCUUUGUCUUUUAUUCUAGAUAAGAAGUCGUCCGCACUAUCUAGAAGUCCUAUGAUUUACUCUUCUCAAGGCCAGGUUAUAUUCGGAUCUAAUAAGAGAUUUUCAGAAGUUAAAUCUCCCUUAGGAAAGAUCAAAGUUGAUGAGUCUAUUUUGAGAAACCAAUCAAACCUUAACAACAACUUCCAAAAUUCCAAUUUUGGAAUUGAAUUUUCUAUGGAUUCACUGGAUACCUGUAUUUCCCCAAAAAAAUUAUCAAAUAAUGAUUUUUCUCAUAAUAAUAACUUUAAACUUAAUUCAAAUAUUCAGAAUCCAUCCCUAUACAAUAACUUGAUUUUAGAACCACCAACUAUUAUCAAACCGGUUCCCUUAUGGACAGGAAAACAAGUUUUCACAUCUCUUUUGAAAACUUUACUAUAUAACCUUGUUAGUACUGAACCAAGUGUAUAUGCAGGAAUUAACCUGAUUUCAAAAAGUAGAACUCCUGGUGAUUCAUGGAAUGGAAAAGAAGAUGGAGAGAAAGAGGAAGCAGUGGUAAUAAUAAGGAAUAGUGAACUUUUACAAGGAGUUAUUGACAAGAAUCAAAUUGGGUCCAACUCUUACUGUUUGGUUCACUUAUGUACUGAACUUGUUGGUCCUUUGAUUGGAGGUAAACUUUUAUCUGCAAUAUUUAAUCUUUCACAAGUUUAUCUUCAAAUGAGAGGUUUCACUUGUAGUAUUAGUGAUAUGUUACUAACUCCUAGGGCGGAAUCUGAACGUAUUGAAUUAAUUAGGAAAUAUAAUUAUGCUUCUGUUUUUAUACAAGAGGCAUUCCAAUACUAUAUAUUUAAGGAGAUUGGUGGGAAGAACGAUUUAAAUAACCAAACUUAUUAUUCUGAUAAAUUUGAUGCAUUUAAAGGUUCUAAUUCAAGAAAAAAUGAAUUUGAUAAGACUCAAAAAACUAUAAUCGAAUUGAGAGAUUUGAAGAAAAAUAAGUACUCUUCUCAAAAUACUUUUGAGGGAAAAAACAUUGAUAAUGAGUUGGAAGUCAAUAAUAAUGAAUUAGUCGACUUUUCAAAUAAUGAAAAACUGGUUUCGUCAGCUCUAGAUAUAUUAAUUGAGAGGGUAAAGAGUUUUAGUGAAAAUAGUAAUCAUAAAUCAGAAAAAAAGCUUUUACUUUUAGAGCUUGUCAAAUCUUUGAAACAACAAAGACUUAGUAUUGAUGGUUUAUUCAAAGAUGAACAAGAGUCAGAUAAAUUUACUCAUGAUGAUUCUGGGAUACUUUUCCCUAAAAAUAUACAUUAUGAUAACAAAAAUGAAGGUUUAAACUCUCUCUCUUAUCCUCAGGCUGAUUCUGAUACUGUUUUAUAUGAUAACAGUUGGCUUUCUAUUAGCAAAAUGGAAGAAAGUAUCCAAGACAAAUUUAAUGAUGAAGAAAAUGAGUUUAAUGAACAUGGUGAUUUUUUUGCAUACCCUAAUGAAUUAACAAGACGAAAGCUAGAAUCUUUGAUUGGGAAUACUUUAAGUACAAAAAAAGACUCUUUGUUAAAAAUUAUGGAUGCAAUUUCAAAGAUUGGUUUAGGAGAUAUUACAUCCAAAUUAGGCAACUUAUUGAAUGGAUCUUCUUCAAAGUUUCCCUUUCCUCAAAAUGGGUUUUCUUCUAUGGUUUUAACCGGAGCAAAAGGAUCUAGGGUUAACUAUAAUAUGAUUUGCGUUAUGCUAGGACAACAAGAAUUAGAAGGAAGAAGAGUUCCAAUUAUGCCUAGUAUGAAAACUUUACCGUCUUUUGCUACAUAUGACUUAGGAUCUAGAGCAGGAGGUUUGAUUACUGACCGUUACUUAGAUGGUCUUCAUGCUCAAGAAUUCUUCUUCCAUUGUAUGUCUGGUAGAGAAGGUUUAGUAGAUACUGCAGUAAAGACUGCACGUUCAGGAUAUUUACAGAGAUGUGUCUUAAAGGGAUUAGAGAGUAUGAUUGUUAAUUAUGAUGGAACUGUAAGAAGUGAAGAUGAUACUAUUGUUCAAUUCAUAUAUGGUGAUGAUGGAAUUGACGUCUCAAAAUCUAGCUAUUUAACAAAAUUGGAGGAUCUCGUUAGAAAUAAAUCUUUAUUAGAAAGAGAUGUGAAAUUUGAAGAAUCCAUGGGAAACAAGUUUUUGAAUAACUCUUUUGAGAAUGUAUUCAAAUAUGAAAAUAAACAAGAUUUAUUUAAAACAUGUUUGAACCAAAGUAUUAUAUCUGAAGAGAAAUCUUCCAAAAAAGCAAAAAUAUUCAAAGAAAAGGAUUGUUUUGAUAACUUAAUCAUAUCUGAAGAUAAAAAUAAGACCAACACAAUUAAUGUUGAGAAUAUAUCAUCUUCAUUUUUAAGCGAAAUGACUGUAAACUCAUUACUACCUACAAUCCUUAAUGGAGGAUCAGUUUCAGAGUCUUUCCUAAAUAAUUUAUCUGAGACAAAUAUUCAAAAGCUUUCUAGGAUUUCCACUGAUUCUAAGUAUUAUAUUAAUAAUACUUAUUCUUUAAAAGGAAAGAGAAAAUCAAGAAAUUCAUUAAUAAAUGACAAAUAUAGUGCUGAAGAAUAUGAAUCUAUGUUAGAGAUGGAGAGAUUACUUCGUUUAAAGUAUAUGAAAACUCAAAUUUCUCCAGGAGAAGCUGUUGGAUGUCUUGCUGCUCAGUCUAUUGGAGAACCUGCCACACAAAUGACUCUUAAUACAUUUCACUUGGCAGGGCAUGGUGCUGCUAACGUUACUUUGGGUAUUCCAAGACUUAAAGAAUUACUUCAAACAGGAGGUGAUUCAAAGACUCCAUAUAUUUUUAUUCCAUUAUUAAAAGAUGCAAGUUCAAAAGAAGGCGAAACAUUAAAUUUCAAUAAUGAAGAUGAUAAUACAGAUUUUGUUAAUUAUACAGAGAAAGUUUUGGAUUGUUUUAAAUCUAUCCCAUUGUCUGAUAUUAUUGAAAACGUUGGAGUGGAGAGUUCAAUUGUUUAUGAUGAAAAUGCCAAUUAUACAUCAUCUGGAAACAAAAAGUCUACAUAUUGUUGGAAUUACGAAAUUUCUAUCCAAUUUUCAGACCUUGAAAUCUUUUGUAAAUGUUUACCUCAUUAUAAUAUGUCCUCUUUAAUUAAUUUAACUCUUUCAAAAUGCAUUAAACCUUUUUUAAGACACGUAAAUAACAUGUACACGAUUUCUUCAAUUAGAAGUAGUAAAUUUUCUAACCAAGAUAAUGAUGAGACGGAUGAGUUUGUUUCAAAAUAUGUCUUGGGGCAUAAUAGUGACAGAAACAUUGGAAUUUUCAAAGGUGCUUUAAACUCAAUGAUCCAAAAAGGUAACUUUUCUUUUGGAGGAGGAGGGGCAGGAGGACAAUAUGAGGAUGAUUUUGAUGGAGGAUCUCGAGUUGGGCAUAAAAACGAAAAAAAGAAUGAAGAUGAUAGUGGAGAUCUUAAUGAUAGUAAAAAAGAAGAAUUGAACGAUAUGGAUAAUGAAAUAGAUGGAAAUGAUAAGGUCAAAGACGAUAAUGAUGAUGAUAAUUCAUCGGUAGAUUCUUCGUCUUCAACUUCCGAGGAGGAGAAUGGUGAAGAUGACUCAGAUGAAGAACCUGAAGUAACUAAUAACAAAUACAUAGAAGAGAAUAAUGAAGAAAAUAAUAAUGAAUCCGGAAGUGAUGAUGAAUAUGGAGAUUUAACAAGAAGCUCAAGCAGAGGCCCUAGCUUUGACAAUAGGACUUUAAUAGAAAAUGAUUCCAAAAUACCAUGUAUAAAUUUAAAGAUCUUGACUAAAGAUAUAUUAAAACACGUCAUUGAUUUUAAUAUUGACAGAAAGACUAAUAUUUUGAGCCUAAAGCUAGGAUGGCCAGUUAUAAGGUGUCCACAUUACAUUGAUUUCCUACCAGUUUUAAAAACUUGUAUUUUAAAGACAAAUAUUCAAUCAAUUUCAUGUUUAAAAAAUGCAAGAAUUACAAGGAACCAAAAGGAAUCAUCAGAUAAGAAUUUGUCUCAAUUUGAAGUAACUGUAGAAGGAACAAAUGUUGGGCAUAUUUUUAAGAUUUCUCCACGUUUUAUUAAUCACGACAAAAUUAGAUUUAAUGAUAUUCAAACAGUAUAUAAAUAUUAUGGAGUUGAAGCUGCCAGACAUUGUAUUAUUAAUGAGUUGAGGAACGUUUUUUCAGUUUAUGGAAUUAAUGUUGAUUAUAGACAUUUGACUCUGAUUAGUGAUUCUAUUACAGCAAGUGGGCAAUUAAGAGUAUUUAAUAGAAUGGGAACAAUAUCGCAUAAUAUAUCACCAUUUUUGCAGAUGUCAUUUGAAACUAGUAUGAAAUUUUUAACAGAAGCUUGUUUGAGAAGUGCUAAGGAUAAUUUAAAAAGUCCAGCAAGUUCAAUUUCAGUUGGGAAAAUGGUUAAUGUUGGUACAGGUAUUUCCCGUACAUAUACUAGUUUUUAUCAGACUGGUUCUGAAAGCAAAAGAAAAGAUAAGAAAAAAUCUAAAACAAAGACUAAGGAGAAAAAAAAUGAUAAUGAAACAGAAGAAAUCAAAAAGACUAAGAAAGAAAAAGAUUGCUAUUUUAAGUUUCUUUAA